GCAUUUUAGACAAAACUUCCUAAAGGUAAAGUUUUAGAAAGUGAGCUGCGUAUACAUUUAGUUUUUUUUUCUCUCUCUUUUGGUAAUUUCCUGCAAGUGACUGGUGGAAGAAAGGAAGCUUCGUGGAGUCCAAAUUGCAGAGAAACACUCUUAUAAUAAUUAGCUUAAUAAAUCCACUCUCUUUCUCUCAUUCUGAAGAUUUAAACAUCUUCAAGGAAUCAAAUCUUUGUCUCUAGUAUUACCUUCUUUAAGUUCGACAAACAAGCACAUACUGUUUGUUAAAAAACUCAUCUAUCUCCCCCCCCCCCCCCAGAAAAAUGUCUAGAGGAUGUCUAAGUUGUUUCAAAGUCAUGUGUUUCGAGAAGAAGCAGAACAAGAAAGAAGACAAACCCGUGAAAACAGAAAGAUUGCCAGAGCCAGUUGAAGAAAAAGAAGGUAUACAAGACAAACCUCUGAAAGCAGAGAGGUUGCCAGAGCCGGUUGAAAAAAAAAAGAAAGAUGUUAAAUACGGCGCGUGCAAGAAGAUGCCCGAGGAAUGCAUGUUCAAACCCAAACCAGAAUGGAUCAAGUAUAGCAGCAGCGAUAUUGGACCAAACGUCUACGAUUUGUAUGGAGAUCAAUACGCAGAAACAGAUGUAUCUUCUACGUCAAUGAAUAAUGAAUUCAACAAAGUGAAGACCUUUGAUAUACGAGGAGUCAAAGUAGCCACGGCCAAGGAAUAAGAGAAGAGGGAUAUUUAUACAUGAAAUUGUACGGCUAUCUUGAUAAUGUUAUCUGGCGUUGAGCCACUGAUUUCUUCUUUUAUGUAUCUGGUUACCUGUUUAUCAAUGCAAGCAUAUAUUUUUGAA